AUGGACCAGCUGCAGCGGUGGCAGGAUCUCCCACCAAAGCAAGAUUUAGGUCGCGAGGGCGCCCGCACGCCACGGGCCGCCUCCGCGCCCAGGAGGACUACCCGCUGCAGCCGCCGCGGGUGCGGGUCACCGGCGACCGCCUCUCGCGCGCCGGCCAGGACGCCCUCGCCGAGGGCAUGCUGUCGGCCUUCCAGGCGAGCGCCGAAGCGGGCACGCCGAGCAUCACCGCGGCGACGGAGUGGCUGCAGGAGCUCGGCCCCCAGGGGGGGAACUCUGGACGCGGCGCCCGCCCAGGCGCCCGAGCCGACCGAGGAGCCCCCUGAGGCGGGCCCCGGGCAGGAGCCGCUGGGCCGCCGUGCGAGGGCCGCCGCGCGGGGGGCGGCCGCCGCCGCGCAGGCGCUGCGGGGGACCAGCUGCCAGCUGCGGGAGGAGCGGGGCGACCUGUUCGAGGUUGGUGCGGAAUGGUCGUUGUGCCACUGUGUUUCGAAGGACUUGGAGAUGAGCGCUGGCAUCGCGGUGGCGUUCAAGAAGGAGUUCGGGGGGGUUCCGGAGCUGCAGAGUCAGGGGCCACAGGUCGGAGGAGUCGUAAGUUUGCAGAAGAAGGGCCGAUUCAUUUACUACUUGGUGACGAAGAACAAAUACGGGGGCAAGCCGAAUGUUGCGACCCUCGAGGCGUCCCUACGCGCGAUGAGGCAGCACAUGGAGAAGGACGGGGUACGGAAGCUGGCAAUGCCGAAGAUUGGCUGCGGUCUGGACAAGUUGUCAUGGGGCACCGUUGUUGAGAUUAUCAUGCAGGUCUUCGACGAUAUGGAUGUGGAGCUUCUCGUGAGGUACAUCUGA